GCUCAUCAUCAUCAUUACCAUCACCACCGCCACCGCCUCAAAUCCGCCGGAUAAAAAAAAUCCAUGUGUCGUGUUGUAUAUAGAGACCACAAAAGUUUCAGCUUUUGUUGAUUAAAGGCGCCAUUGUUGUUCAUCUCAAGGAUUGAUUCUGGCUUUCGGUCUGAUUUUGGGUGAUGGGUAGGUUGAAAGCAAGUUUUGGAUCGUUUAUUAACAACAGAUGGCUCGUGUUUGUGGCUGCAACGUGGAUUCAAUCGUGUGCGGGAGUUGGCUAUUUGUUUGGGAGCAUAUCUCCGGUGAUAAAGAGCUCGUUGGGGUACAACCAGACGCAAUUGUCGAAGCUGGGUGUGGCCAAGGACCUUGGUGACAGUGUUGGAUUUUUGGCUGGUACCUUGUCUGAGAUUUUGCCUUUAUGGGCUGCUCUGCUUGUCGGGGCCUUGCAGAAUUUGAUUGGGUAUGGCUGGGUUUGGCUUGUGGUUACUGGUCGAGCUCCAGUUUUGCCUUUGUGGGCUAUGUGCAUUCUUAUAUUUGUUGGAACCAAUGGUGAAACCUACUUCAAUACGGCUGCUCUUGUUUCUUGUGUACAAAACUUCCCCAAAAGUCGGGGGCCUGUGGUGGGGAUAUUGAAGGGCUUUGCUGGGCUGGGCGGUGCUAUUUUGACUCAAGUAUAUUACAUGAUCCACUCCCCUGAUCAUGCAAAUCUUAUAUUCAUGGUUGCAGUAGGGCCUGCAAUGGUAGUCAUUGCUCUAAUGUUCUUUAUCAGACCUGUUGGGGGCCACAGACAAGUCCGGCCAUCUGAUGGAUCCAGCUUUACUAUCGUGUAUAGUGUGUGCCUUUUGUUGGCUGCGUAUUUGAUGGGAGUCAUGCUUGUCCAAGAUCUGGUCGAUGUGGCCCCCACUAUUGCAACAAUUCUUACAGUAAUUAUGAUUGUUAUCCUUCUAUUUCCCAUAGUGGUUCCGAUAUCAUUGAGUUUCUGUUUGGAGCCAAGAGGUUCACUGGAAGAGGUUCUUCUACCUAAACCUGAGAAGCAAGAACCCAGUAACUCUGAGCAGGACAGUAACGAGGUCAUAUUCAGUGAAGUUGAGGAUGAAAAGCCCAAGGAAGUCGACUUGCUUCCUGCAGCAGAAAGGCAAAAACGAAUUGCCCAACUGCAAUCAAAACUAGCCCAAGCAGCUGCAGAGGGAGCAGUGAGGGUCAGGAGGAGGAGGGGUCCACAUAGAGGUGAAGACUUCACUUUGAUGCAGGCUUUGAUUAAGGCAGACUUUUGGCUCAUAUUUCUUUCAAUGUUAUUGGGUGGUGGAUCUGGAUUGACCGUGAUUGAUAACCUGGGUCAGAUGAGCCAAUCGUUAGGAUAUGACAACACACAUAUUUUUGUAUCCCUGAUCAGCAUUUGGAACUUCCUUGGUCGUAUUGGUGCGGGUUACUUCUCUGAGGUUGUUGUGAGGGAUUACGCUUAUCCAAGGCCGGUGGCGUUGGUUGUAGCCCAAUUUGUUAUGGCCAUUGGACAUGUCUUCAUUGCAAUGGGAUGGCCUGGGGCAAUGCAUAUUGGCACUCUCUUGAUUGGCCUUGGAUAUGGCUCCCAUUGGGCAAUUAUGCCUGCUACCGCCUCUGAGUUGUUUGGCUUGAAAAAGUUCGGUGCUUUGUAUAAUUUUCUCACUUUGGGGAAUCCAGCUGGAUCUCUUGUCUUUUCUGGUCUACUUGCUAGCUAUAUAUAUGACCGUGAAGCAGAGAAGCAAGCUCAUGGUCACAAUGACCUGAUACAGAAUUCAGGUUCAAUCUUAUCAGGCAUGCUUGGUGUAGAUCAGCCACUGAAGUGUGAAGGUUCUGUAUGUUACUUCUUAACUUCCAUGAUAAUGUCAGGAUUUUGCAUCGUUGCAGCAGUGUUGAGUAUGAUUCUUGUCUACCGGACGAAGAGUGUCUACGCCCACCUUUAUGGAAAAUCUCGUACUUAAAAACUUGUUGGAAGAGGGAAAGGAGAAUGGCUUGCAUAGAUAGUGUAUGUCAUACACUUUGAGACAAGGCUGGUAAACCUUGAAAAGUGUCCUGUGAGUUCUGAUCGUGUUGAUUUCUCAAGGGCAAGAAAGUGUUCGAGGCCAGAAUACCUUUGCAGUAAACACGUUGAGAUUUUGUUGCUUUUCACAUUAUAGUUGGGUGCUAUGUGAUCAUGGAAGAUUUUGCUUUGAUUGUCCAAGUUAGGUAUACGGUAUUUAAAUAAUUCUGGACCAGUUUUUCCUCCAAAAAUGUCAAAUUUUUUUUUCAUUUUUGUUGAAGGUGGAUCAUUGAUUCUUCUUCGUGCUUUCAAGAUUUGAAUGUUAUAGUUUUACCUCUUGGAAGGAAUGUGAUUAGUAGUUGUCAAGUUGUUGUGAGAUUUUAUUCUCUUGUAAGUUAUGCACAAAGAUAUAUAAAACAUAUUAUUCUACCA